CCGGCGUCGCAGUCAACAGAUUGAGGAGCUCAAGCCUGGGACAAUGGUGUGCAUUGCUUGUAUUGUCAUUCCCAUUCUGCUCUGGGUCUACAAGAAAUUCCUGGAGCCGUACCUGUACCCGCUGGUUUCCCCUUUCGUGGGGCGGAUAUGGCCCAAAAAAGCACUGCAAGAGCCCAGUGGUGCUAAAGCCACAGUGGACUGUAAGGGAGCAGACACAAGUGGAUUAGCAAGCAAAGGACCGACAGAAAUCUCCGAUAAAAAGAAAGACUGAAGUGACUUUCCCCCUCCCACGGGGUCGCGCUGUCUCCGAAACUGACCUGAUAAUAUGAAACCCCUUCCUCA